AUAUUGUAAUUCUAUACUUAUCAUUAUUAUUAACUUGUAUUAUUUCAAAUUGAAAUGAUUUGAUUUCGCACAAAAAGUUGCCAAUAAAGUACAAUGGAAAAACUAGUACAAUACAGUCAACAUUUCAGUAAAAUGGUUGGACAAGAGCUCAUCUAUUUAAGUACUUUAAGGGUGUGCGUUAAUCGACGUUGUAUAUCCACGUGCAUCGAACUUCGCUUAGAAAGUAAUUUUCAAAACAUUUUAUGUAACAGCUGAAAACUGUUUAAGUUUUUCAAAAUAAUAUUUUUUAUUUACAUAUUAUAGAUGUAUCUUUAUUAAGAUGACUAUUUUUUAUAAAGAAAUACCUAAAAACAUGGAAUAUGAGCAAAUGGAUGAUGUUGAGGAUAUGGAUGAAAGCAGCAAUGACAGCGAUGAAGAAGAUUCUUCAAACAACGAAGGAAAAGAGGAUCAGAAUAAUGAGUCUAGUGUAUAUCUUCCUGGACAACCACUAGAAAGUGGAGAAGAACUUGUUGUUGACAAAACAGCAUAUAAAAUGUUACAUCAUGCACAGUCUGGUGCACCUUGUCUUAGUUUUGAUAUAAUUUUAGAUGAUUUAGGAAAUAACAGAGAAGAUUAUCCCUUAACUAUGUACCUAGUUGCUGGAACUCAAGCAGCCAGAGCUCAUGUAAAUAAUCUUCUUGUUAUGAAAAUGAGAAAUCUUCAUAAAAUAAAUGAAGAUUCUGAUGAUGAAUUGGAAGAUGAUGAAUCGGACGAUGACGAGAACAAAUCUCCAGUAAUGUCUGUUGCACCAAUAAAACAUCAGGGUUGUGUUAAUAGAAUAAGGUAUACAAAAAUUGGUCAAACACCAUUAGCAGCAAGUUGGAGUGAAUUAGGUCGUGUACACAUUUGGAAUUUAGAAGAACAAUUAAGAGUACUUGAAAAUGAGGAACAACUUCGUGCAUAUCGUAAAAAGAAUGAUAAAAAUGAUAGUGAUACCAAACCGUUAUUUACUUUCAAAGGACAUCUUUCGGAAGGGUAUGGUCUUGAUUGGUGUUCGACAGAAUUAGGUACUUUAGCUUCUGGUGACUGCAAAGGCAACAUUCAUAUAUGGCGCAUUGAUGACAAUAAUGCUAGUACAACAUGGCAUGUGGAUCAAAGACCCUACAAUUCACAUGCACCACACAGUGUUGAAGAUCUUCAGUGGUCUCCCAAUGAAAGACAUGUAUUAGCUUCAUGUUCUGUUGAUAAAAGCAUUAAAAUCUGGGAUACAAGGGUAACACCACAAUCCGCCUGCAUGUUAACAGCAGCUGAUGUUCACACAGCUGACAUUAAUGUAAUCUCAUGGAAUCGUAAAGAAAGUCAAUUUCUUGUGUCUGGUGGUGAUGAUGGUUUAAUUUUUGUGUGGGACUUGCGUCAGUUUGGUUCUAAUACACAGCCAUUAGCUAUGUUCAAACAACAUACUGCACCUGUUACGACAAUAGAAUGGCAUCCUCAGGAAGCUACAGUAUUUGCAUCUGGUGGAGCUGAUGAUCAAAUUGCAGAAUGGGAUCUAUCAGUAGAAGCUGAUCAGGCAGAAGAUACCGAAAACAAGGGACUGAAAGAUUUACCUCCGCAAUUGUUGUUUAUACAUCAAGGUCAAACAGACAUUAAGGAACUACAUUGGCAUCCUCAAUGUCCUGGUGUAAUAAUAUCGACAGCACACUCGGGAUUCAACAUAUUUCGUACAAUUAGUGUAUAAAAAUUUUAUCUGUUUUAUAAUAUAUUGUCCAGAAAAAACUUUUCAGUCUAAUAUUCCUUAAUUUUAUUUGUAAACAAAUUUUUUUAAUUAAAUUUGGCUACAUAUAUAUUUUUCAUUGAGCACAUCUUACACAAUUAUUUUUGUGCUGAGAUAAAUGACAAAUGUUUUUGGUACAUUAAAUAUAUGAUAUAUAAGUCUAAA